UUGAUUUAUUAUUUCGGGUCGCAAGAGGCAGACGGGUCAAACAGUCUCUCGAUUGUCCCCGAUCCUCUGCCAGCCUUUGAGUUCGGUGGAAGUCGUUGGGAAAACGUUGAAAAAACUUCACUUUAUUGCCAUCCGCUUCCAUGUAUAGAAUGCUAUGGCAGCCGAACGUUUAAGCGAGAUGGAUUUCCUUGUUUAAAAUAUAAUGGACAUUACUUUCUUACUGCACUGCUUUAUUCUAUCUUUCUGGGCUUUUUUGCUGUCGACAGGUUCUACCUGGGAUAUACAGGCAUUGCCGUUGGUAAGCUGAUGACUCUUGGUGGACUUGGGAUUUGGUGGAUUGUGGAUAUUAUACUUCUGAUCACCGGAAAUUUAAUGCCUGAAGAUGAUUAUAGUUGGAUGCCGUACUAUUAA